CUAUCCCCCCCCCCCCCCCAACUCAUACUGCCUCAGUAAACGCCAUGGCUCUUCUCCCUGUAUUUCGCACUAUCAUCACCCAUUUCUUCAAACCUAAAACCCUAAACCCUUCCCUCUCACCACUCUUCCAAGAACCCACUGUUAAAAAUCUUUCCUUUCUUGCCAAGCACAAAACCCUUCUGAAACCCCAUGCCUCUCUCAAUUCAAAAACCACUUUACUUCUCAAUGGUCAAGACCAGCGCUUUAUGGGCCUAAAUGGUACUGACGACAAGUCGAUAUCUACCACUAUUGCAGCCAUUGUAACCUCCGUGGGUGGACCACCUGCUUCCGUGGGGAUUGUCAGGUUAUCUGGUCCAUCUGCCGUCGAGAUUGCUGCACGUGUGUUUAAACCAAUGAGAAAAAAGAAGAAGAAAGGACUUUGUGUGUGGAAGCCUACCAGUCAUGUCGUAGAUUACGGGGUGGUUUUGGAUCAUCAAGGGAAUGUAGUUGAUGAGGUUUUAGCUGUACCCAUGUUGGCUCCAAGGUCUUACACUAGAGAAGAUGUGGUUGAGCUUCAGUGUCACGGGACUGAAGUCUGUCUUCGUCGUGUGCUGAAAGCUUGUAUAGAAGCUGGAGCCAGGCUUGCAGAACCAGGUGAGUUCACUCUACGUGCAUUUCUAAAUGGCCGGCUGGACCUUUCGCAAGCUGAAAAUGUUGGAAAGCUCAUAUCAUCCAAAUCCGUGGCUGCUGCAGAUGCAGCCCUCGCUGGAAUUCAGGGAGGCUUUGCUUCUUUGGUCAAAUCACUAAGAACGCAAUGCAUUGAGCUGCUUACUGAGAUUGAAGCUCGUUUAGACUUUGAUGAUGAGAUGCCGCCACUAGAUUUGAAUUUAAUCAUGGAUAAAAUACAUUCCAUGUCAGAAAAUGUGGAGAAUGCACUCAAGACAGCCAAUUACGACAAGCUUUUGCAAUCUGGAUUACAGAUAGCAAUUGUUGGCCGUCCUAAUGUUGGGAAGUCCAGCCUUCUUAACGCAUGGAGCAAAAGUGAGCGGGCAAUAGUUACAGAAAUUGCUGGAACCACCCGUGACAUUGUUGAAGCCAGUAUUACAGUUGGUGGCAUCCCUGUGGUCCUUCUUGAUACUGCUGGGAUCAGGGUGACUGAUGAUGUCGUCGAGAAGAUUGGUGUAGAAAGAUCUGAAGCAGUUGCCCUGGGUGCUGAUGUCAUUGUUAUGACAGUUAGUGCUCUUGAUGGAUGGACACCAGAAGACACCGAACUUUUGAAUAGGAUUGUAUCUAAGAAGAAAUCAGUUGGCUCUUUUACACCAAUGAUCCUUGUAGUUAACAAAAUAGACUGUUCUCUGUCCUUGUGUUCGGAAUGGGUUGAUAGGGGUGGUGGUUCUUUUAGUAAGCAUGUUUUCACCUGUGCUAUUACUGGUCAAGGAAUUCAAGAUUUAGAGAUGGCAAUUUCAGAGAUUGUGGGUCUUAACAAAAUUCCUGCGGGGGGACUCAAAUGGACUGUCAACCAUAGACAAUGUGAGCAGCUUGUGCGGAUGAAGGAGGCUCUUGUAAGGUUGAAAUCUUCAAUUGAGGAGGAAAUGCCCCUGGAUUUUUGGACUAUUGAUUUGAGGGAUGCUGCAUUGGCUCUCGGACAGAUAAGUGGAGAAAACAUCUCUGAAGAGAUUUUGUCAAACAUUUUUGGUAAAUUCUGUAUCGGUAAAUAGAUGGUUCUUUUAGUGCUUUUAGACUUGUCUAAAAUACGAAAACUUGUGAUGCAUAUUUUUCAUUUCCUCGCUAGUUUCUUGUUAGAAGAGUAUUGAAAUUGCACAUGUUUUUGUU